AUGAACGAAGACACUGAAUCCAUUGUCUCGCAGUCGCCUGGCGGUGCUUUGCUGCACGACACACCCGCUAGACGGGAAAAUAACAUCAGGCAGCCAUCAGACACUCGGCCACAGACACCCAUUAACAAGCGGCACAUCUCGCAACUGAGACGCCCGGUUGACGUGGAGCCAAGCCCUCCCUACAGCUUGAAUGAUCACCACAAUUUCGGCAACAGGAUGUCUGUGAAUCCUUUCGAUGGCGGCCAGCCUCUACUGACAGGCAUUGGAGCGCCUCCUUCACAGUUUGCCGAGAUUCGUGAUGCUUGCUAUGCGGCCCAGCCCAUCUGUUUCCACCUGCAGACGGCCCUUCACCGCCAGGUUGGACUGACUGAGGAAGCCCAGGCGAAUUACUAUCGCGAUAUGCGCUCCAUUGGGGACCGCAUUCUUGCCAUCCAGUUGGCCAUCACUUCGCUCGAACAGGAGACUUUCAACGAGCGAGGUCGUACAGCCUCUGUCAUUGCGAAUCUCCGCUCCCAGCUGGAUUCUUCCGUUCAUGAUGGCGACCAGCUCCGUCACCAAGUGCGCAUGCUGCAGACCGAGCUGUCCGCAUACGAGGAUGGCUCUAUCAUGCCUCAUCGAGCGAGGAGCAAUGCUGUUCCCGUAAGCGGAUCUCACCCGGCGUAUUCCCAGGUCAUUGGUGACCUCAGACGACGGACUGAUCAGGAAUUUAAUAUGCCUGUUCGCCAUCCCGGCACCAUUGCGAACCCUGUCACGCCUGCUCGUCACUUGUCUGGACGCUAUGCCGGCUCCGUCAGGCCUACCAACUACCGUGGCCGUGGUGCCUCAGUGAGAGGUCGAUUUGCUGGAGAUCACAUGGCUGGUCGCCAAUCGAGCAUUUCCGUCCACAAUCAUAGCCACCAUGGAAGCUUCAACAGCCAUGACAGCAGCAGCACUGGCGGCUUUUCCAGCGGAGGCAUGCCUUUGCUCACCAUGCAGCCCCACAGCUCUGUGAUCGGCGACAGCUUGGGCAGUCCUACCCGCCGCCCAGCACAGGCAACCCUCGAGAACCUGAGGACUUCGGCUUAUGGAGACCAUGCCUCCAAGCGGCACUCAAACGUGUCCUCGAGGCAGUCUGAUGUGCCCAUCAUGGGCCCCACGCCGCGUCAACUGACCCAGAGCCAGGCUCAGGUACGCGCCAUGGGUCAAUAUGGCCAUGGUAAGAACACUCAUAGCGGUCACGGAAAUGUUGAUGUGAGCGAUGGCGGCAAUUACUGGGCGGCUGAAGAUGGAGGUUCUCCCAUCCCGCUCCUCAAGACCGAACUGGGUCUUCGUAGCACCUCGGACAUACGACCUCCUGGAGCCAUCGGUGGUCGUCCUCCCUCGGCCGACGGAGGUGAUAUUGAUACGCCUAGUCCCGGUGGUAACUCCUCCCUGCAUCCCUCAUCCUCUGCAUCCAACAUCAAGCCCCGCAGGCAGUCACCCCAGCCUUUCCGCGGUCAAGUGACUCCCCAGCUCCCGGAAGGUACCACAAACAACGGAUCCAAGGCAGACCUGCGUCAGCCUCAAGAGGUGCCUUUGCGAAAAGAGACACUCCAUCUGCACACUCAACAAAUGUCCCCUACCCAUACCCCAGGUCAGGGUGGUGGUCAGCAGGCCCCCCGCCAGCGUCAGACUUCGGGCCCGACGCGAGCCCAGCAGCAGCUGCAGCUGCAGCUCUUUGAGCAGGCGGGCGCCAACAAGUCCGUCGCCAUGUUCGAGGGCGAGCCCGAGGAGGACGGCCUGAUCCUGGACGCGGUGGGUAAGGAGUGGCGCAAGGAGUUUGACCAGAUCUUCACCUACGUCAUCGGCUGGGUGCGGUCCAACUGCAACAAGGCCAACGUGGCCAACGACGCGCAGAUCCCGCGCAAGUACCCUCGCCUCUGGGAGUACAUGCUGGAGCUGACCUACCCGGAAAACAUGAAGAACGCGGCGUCGCACGUUCAGUUCCUCCUCUCCGACUCGGAGGUGCGCUGCUACUUCAUCUGCCGCAUGAUGGUGCAGUUCCUCGUCUUCCACGUCUUCUCCAUCGACGCCUGGAUGGCCGACGACCCUACCCGCACCGGCACCAGCGGCCAGCUCCGCGGCCCGGCCAAGCACAAGCUCGCCAUGCUGAUGCGGAUGCGCGAGGGACUGGGAGACUCUGCGACGCCCGAGCAGCGCCGGCGCGUGCAGACUGGCCAGGCCGAGUGCGUGGUCGAGAUGCUGUCGCACUCGGAGUGGCCGAGCGUGCGCCAGCAGCGCGUCAGCGACAUUGUGCACCGGUUCAAGGAGAUGGCCGGCCCUCUGAUGCGCGAGGACGCCGACCGUGCCCUCGCCUCGCACGACCUUUACGGCAUCGCCGUCAAUGCCAUCGAAACCUCGGCCAGGAUCCUGUCGGCCCGCCUGAGCUUCAUCUUUGGCUUCAGCGACUGCGGCGUCAAGUUCUCGGACCAGAUGCACUACGCCGUCAACGCGGCCAACUUCCCGGGCGUCAAGCUGCAGCAGCAGCAGUGGCGUGUCAUGUGCGUCGUCACCCCCAACGUGACGAUCCGGGAUGACUCUGGCUCCACCACUCAGUUGCGCAACAUUGCAAAGGCCAAAGUCAUGGUCAUGCCGUAG